GUUAACGCUGCGCCGGUCGCCAGCAAUGCGGGCGCAGCAAGGAAAAGGUUAACCCUGGCUUUUGGCAGGAAAGGACAUAAUGGGCUGCAGCGGGGCCCUCCUCCGUGGGGAGUGCUGGCGGUGCCCCGCGGGGGGCUUCCCCUGGCCCUCGCCAUGCCGUCAAAUGCCCGGGCCGGCAGCCUGAAGGACCCUGAGGUAGCCGAGCUUUUCUUCAAAGAUGACCCGGAAAAGCUGUUUGCCGACUUGCGGGAGAUCGGGCACGGCAGCUUCGGCGCCGUCUACUUUGCCCGAGAUGUACGCAAUAACGAGGUUGUCGCCAUUAAGAAGAUGUCCUAUAGCGGGAAACAGUCUAAUGAGAAAUGGCAGGACAUCAUAAAAGAAGUGAAAUUUCUCCAGAAGCUGCGACACCCCAACACUAUCGAAUAUAAAGGAUGUUACCUACGGGAGCACACUGCCUGGCUGGUGAUGGAGUACUGCCUGGGAUCCGCUUCCGAUCUCCUGGAGGUGCACAAGAAACCCCUCCAGGAAGUGGAGAUUGCUGCUAUUACCCACGGUGCACUCCAAGGCCUGGCCUACCUCCAUAACCACAACAUGAUACAUAGAGAUGUGAAGGCUGGGAACAUUCUCCUGACAGAGCCAGGCCUGGUAAAGCUGGGGGAUUUUGGCUCUGCUUCUAUAGUAGCUCCAGCCAAUUCCUUCGUGGGGACGCCAUACUGGAUGGCUCCAGAGGUGAUUCUGGCUAUGGACGAGGGGCAGUAUGAUGGAAAGGUGGAUGUCUGGUCUCUUGGGAUCACCAGCAUUGAGUUAGCGGAAAGAAAGCCCCCGCUCUUUAAUAUGAAUGCUAUGAGUGCCUUAUAUCACAUCGCUCAGAACGAGUCUCCUGUGCUGCAGUCCAAUCACUGGUCUGAAUAUUUCCGGAACUUUGUGGAUUCGUGUCUUCAGAAGAUUCCCCAGGACAGGCCCAGCUCUGAUAUGUUGCUGAAGCACCGUUUCCUGCAGAGGGAGAGGCCGCAGACCGUUAUAAUGGAGCUGAUCCAGCGCACAAAGGAUGCGGUGCGAGAGCUGGACAACCUGCAGUACCGGAAAAUGAAGAAGAUUCUCUUCCAGGACACACAGAAUGGACCCAACACAGAGACCACUGAAGAAGAGGAGGAGUCGGAGCAGUUUCUCCAUUGUACAGGCACCAUAACCAGCAUGGAAAGCAGCCAGUCCGUACCGAGCAUGUCCAUUAGCGCCAGCAGCCAGAGCAGCUCGGUGAACAGCCUGGCAGAUGCCUCUGAUGACAGCGGAGAAAUGGCCAUGAUGCAGGAGGGCGAGCACACGGUAACCUCCAACAGCUCUGUCAUCCACCGGCUGCCGGGGCUUCCUACUCAAGGCUCUGGCAGGCAAACAGGGUGGCAGGGGAGCACGUGGGAGGCUCACGACAACAUAUACGAUGAUCCAUACCAGCCAGAGAUGGAGGCACAGCAGUCGACCUCUGCGGCUCGGCGCAGGGCCUACUGCCGUAACAGGGACCACUUUGCCACUAUCCGCACCGCCUCCCUGGUGACUCGUCAGAUUCAGGAACAUGAGCAGGACUCGGCCUUACGAGAACAGAUGUCCGGGUACAAGCGCAUGAGGCGGCAGCACCAGAAGCAACUGAUGGCGCUGGAGAACAAGCUAAAAUCUGAGCUGGAUGAGCACCAACAGCGUCUGGACAAAGAGCUAGAGGCUCACCGGAGCAAUUUUUCUGCAGAGACUGAUAAGCUUACCAAGAAACACCAGGUCAUAUUUGAGAAGGAGGCCAAGUCAGCUAUGACAGAGGAAAAGAAGUUUCAGCAGCACAUCCUUGGCCAGCAGAAGAAGGAGCUGACCAACCUACUGGAGAGCCAGAAGAGGCAGUACAAGAUCCGCAAGGAGCAGCUCAAGGAGGAGUUGCAGGAGAAUCAGAGCACGCCAAAGCGGGAGAAGCAGGAGUGGCUACUCCGCCAGAAAGAGAGCAUGCAGCACUACCAGGCAGAGGAGGAGGCCAACCUCCUGCGCAGGCAGCGCCAGUACUUCGAGCUCCAGUGUCGACAGUAUAAGCGAAAGAUGCUGCUGGCAAGGCACAACCUGGACCAAGACCUUCUCCGAGAGGAGCUGAACAAAAAGCAGACGCAACGAGACCUGGAGUGUGCCAUGUUAUUGCGACAGCACGAGUGCACCCAGGAGUUGGAGUUCCGCCACCUGCAGCUGCUGCAGCACACGCGCAGUGAACUGAUCCGUAUGCAGCACCAAACAGAGCUGGGCAACCAGCUGGAGUACAACAAGCGGCGGGAGCAGGAGCUUCGCCAGAAACAUGCAGCUGAAGUCCGACAGCAGCCCAAGAGCCUGAAAUCCAAGGAGCUGCAGAUCAAGCGACAAUUCCAGGACACCUGUAAGAUCCAGACCAGGCAGUACAAGGCCCUCCGCAACCACCUGCUGGAGACCACGCCGAAGAGCGAGCACAAGAGCAUCCUGAAGAGGCUGAAGGAUGAGCAGACCCGCAAGCUGGCUAUCCUGGCUGAGCAGUAUGACCACAGCAUUAAUGAGAUGCUUUCCACCCAGGCAUUGCGGCUGGACGAAACACAGGAGGCGGAGUACCAGGAUCUGCGGAUUCAGCUUCAGAAAGAGCUGGAACUUCUGAACGCCUAUCAGAGCAAGAUCAAGAUUCACACGGAGGCACAGCAUGAGCGAGAGAUCAAAGAACUGGAGCAGCGGGUGUCCAUCCGGCGGGCCCUGCUGGAGCAGAGGAUAGAAGAGGAGAUGUUGUCACUGCAGAGCGAGCGCUCUGAGCGCAUCCGAAGCCUUCUAGAACGCCAAGCCCGGGAGAUUGAAGCGUUUGACUCUGAAAGCAUGCGGCUGGGGUUCAGCAACAUGGCACUCACUGGCAUUCCUGCUGAGGCGUUCAACCAGGGCUACCCGGCCCCUCCUCCGGGCUGGCCAUCUCGCCCCGUGCCCCGCAGCGGCUCACACUGGAGUCAUGGGGUACAAAACACAGGGGCCCCCCAGCUUUGGCGCCAACCGACACUACUUGCACCACCAUCCUCCUCAUGGGGUCUGCACCCGUCGGGUUCCUCCUCUUCUGCCCUGCCUUCCUCCUCCUCUUCUUCUUCCUCCUCCGCCUCGCCGUCGUCUUCGUCCUCCAGCGGCCGGGCCGGCCUCCUGUUGCUCCGUAAUAGCCCCCAGCCCCUGAGGAGAGGACCCACUGGUGGCCCAUCUGAGUCUGGAUUGAGCCGAAGCACCAGUGUCACUUCCCAGCUCUCUAAUGGCUCCCACCUAUCCUAUUCCUGAGCCCCCCAUCCUGCCCGCGCUAGGUUGAAGCCUCUGACCCUUUGCCAUUAACCUGUGCUUCUGUCCAUAUGAUUUUUUUCUCUCCAGCUCCAAACCUAUUAUCCUAAUCAGUUAUCUCUUUGCCCCUUCCAUGUUUUCUUCACUUUCAAAACUUUAUUUAAAUUCCAUUUGUUACAAAACACCACUCCUCUUUACCCUGCUGGCGCCGGGCGAAGCCCCAUGUACAUAAAACUUUAACUCCACCCCUCCCUAAUUAUUGGUUCAUAUUUUUCUUGGUUAAGACCCUUGAACUGCCCAAGUAUUUCACCCCAUCUGUGGUAGAAGAUCACACAGCUUGUUUUUCUAGCACUUUAUUGGGUAAAAUGCCUACAUAUAUUUUGGGGGUUUUUUUUAGUCCCUUUUAUUAUAUGUUCAGUCGCUGUAUCAUUUUAAUGAUGUUGUCACUGGGUUUUUUUUUUUUUUUUUUUUUGAGGGGUGGUUGUGAGUCUGUGUGUGCCGCAAGUGUGCGAGAGAUUGGGCGCGUGUUAUAAUUCUCUUUUUUUUUUUAAAUAGAUAAGAUUAAAAAAAAUGUAAUAAAAAGACAACUAUUAAGGAAUGUAUUAAAACAAUAAAAAAAAAAACUACUCAAUAUCCCCUCGGGGGGUGUCUCAGGCCAAGAGCCUAGAGUUUGUUUUGUUUUUUAUUUUUUUUUCUUUGCCAUUUUUUUUUUGUUUUUUUUUUGGAAGAGAGUCUGAAGCAGGAUGGAAGAACUUUGUGUCCCCCUGCUGACCUGGUGGCUGUAAAGAUUUCAGAGACUUUACAUGACAAAAAUGUUGGAAAUUAAAGGAUUAAACUGGAAUGGAAACUUG